AUGCUCGGUUUGGAGGGUGAUGAGAUCUUUGCUAUUGCAGUCGUAGCCUGUGGGGGCGAUUGUGAUGUAGCCUUCACGUUAGAUGAUGCAGCUAAUUGCCUUGGCAUUAAAUUUGUAUUAGUUGUAGCAGCAGAUGCCGCUACAUCGAUUGGUGAUAUAGCACUCGAUCCAGGCAAGGAGAAGAGGGGCCGAGAGGCUAAAAGAGAACCCGAUGAGGCUGUUGUAGGCUGCUCGGCAGCCGUGCCAGAGGAAAAUGCUGUUGUGAUGGCAGGAGCAACGCUAUUAUUCUGUGAACUGGGCAACUGGACUGGCCAGGGGGUUUGGGCGUAA